AUGGAGAACAGCGCGCUGCCUCCUCUGCCUCCUAUCGCGCGAGGCUUCCUAUAUUCAGCGUGGAGCGGGCUACACAGCGUACAAGCAGACUGGCUGCCGUCCAGAACAGCCAUCCCCUUAAUCCUGCUAUCCCUCCUCGCAUGCACCUUGAUCCUACAAGCCUACACCCACCACCGCCACAACCUCGCCCUCGCCUCACACUUCCAAGCCUUCGCAGCCAGCACCAACAGCUCCCCCACCACCCCAGCCCCAAUCCCCUACACCCUGCUAACCAGCGCCCGCAACAAACUCGCCCUCCUCCGCAACCUCAAACGCAACCUCCUCUCCACCAACCUCGCGCAGAAAUUCCACUCCCAUGGCCCCACCCACGCAAUCUACAACCCCUACGGCCUGCCCAAAGUCGUGCACACCAUCGACCCGCGCAACGUGCACGCCGUGCUGUCGGCGCAGAGCCAGGACUAUGGAGUCCCCGCCGCGCGGCUGGCGGCCAUCGGACCCAUCGGGAGUCGAGGGGUGGUGAUGACGGAGGGCGCGGUGUGGCAUGCGAAUCGGAAGGCGAUUAAUGCCGGUUUCCGCGGGGCGCGCUUCACGGAUGGGAUUGAGGAGAAUACGCGCACGUUGUUCUCCACCCUGACGGAAGAUGGAGAAGGUUGGACGGCGCCGGUCCCGCUGUUUGAUGCGUUCGCUUUCAUGUCGCUUGACCGCUCGAUUCGGCACAUGUUUGGCGUGCGCGCGGAUUUGCAGGCGAAGGAGGGCGCGGCGAUGCGGGAGCGGCUGCGUUGGAAAGAAGCCUUCGACGUGGUGGCCAGGUAUGUAAGCGUGCGCUCGGUGCUCGGCCGCAAGUCGUGGAUGUACGAUGGCGUGCCGUUUCGUCGGGCGUGCGCUUUGCUGCGGAGGCUGUGUGAGGGGACUAUUCGCGCGGCGGUGCGGGAGUCCAAGGCGGGCAAUGCUGAUGCUGUGACGGGGUGCUUUGUGGGCAAUUUGGUGCAGGAGACGGCGGACGUGAGGCGGGUGUGUGAUGUGACGCUGGACGUGUUCAUUGCCGGGCAUAAUAUGACGUCUGGGGUGCUUUCGUGGUUGUUUUUUGAGCUGGAGAAGAGGCCGGAUGUGUACGAGGCUGUAAGGCGAGAGGUACUCGACACAUUCGGAACAGCGUCACAACCCCGAGCCGAGAUGACCUGGGAUCGCCUGCAACAGUGCCAGCUGCUGAGCAACUGCAUCAACGAAACCAUGCGCCUGUACCCCACGCUGCCCAACAUCGGCCGCCAAACCAUCCGAGACACCGUCUUGCCAACAGGCGGUGGAGAAGAUGGGCAGCAGCCGCUGGCGCUCCCCAAAGGAACGGUCGUCAUGUGCUGUUUAUACCUCAUGCAUCGCCGGCCGGAGGAAUGGGGUGCGGAUACGGAAGAGUUUCGACCGGAGAGGUGGGUAGGACUCAAGCCCAGCCAUUCUUUCAGCCCCUUCGGCGGCGGGCCACGUAUAUGCCCUGGCAAACUCUUCGGCCUCGUCGAGCUCUUCCACGUGACAGCAAGAAUUAUGCAACGCUUCCAAGCGAUCCGCAAGCCAGAAGGCGAAGCACCAGUACGAGUGACGGGAGCAGGCGUGCUGCUGCCUCCGGACGGAGCGCGGCUACAGCUUCAGGUGGCGGAGGGAUAG